GAGAUAGGGGUGUGGGACAAAUGGGAUAGACCUUUGGUCUUUUGGUGUACCCCUUGCCCUUUUCUAUUUCCUCUUCUUCGCUCAACUCUGUCGGUCAUCUUCAGCCUCACGUCUCUCAACUUCUUCAUACGAUCCGGCCUGUUCGAUUUCUCUCGUCCUUGUUCUAGGAAGUCAUUUUCCACUUCCUCCUCUUCGCUCAACUCUGUCGGUCAUCUUCCACCGCAAGUCUCUAAACUUCUUCAUCCGAUCCGGCCUGUUCGAUUUCUCCCUUCUUUGUUCCAGCCUACGUCACCUAAUUGUCACAUAGGUGUCAUGGCGAUACAUUGGCGUCAUCGUGGUACAUUGGCGCCAUGCGUCGCCUUGGCUCUAUGACAACUAUGAUCUGUUGUUUAGUUUGACCUAUUAUUGUUGGUGGUCUUUGUUCCAAACUUUGCAAACAUACAUGAUUUUAUGUUUAAAUUUGCAUGGUGUAAAUUGCAUUUCUAUUUUCAGCUCUGCUGUUGAGUAUUAUUUCUUACCUUUGCCUUCUUUGUUACUACUUGUCAAGUUCUUAUUUUGUUUGAUUUGUGAUUCACAUACAAUUGAUAUUAAUUUGUUGUUUCUUUGCCAUUACAUCCAAUCCAAGGCCCUAACAAUUCCAUUUCAACGUGUGUUAGAUUUAUUUUAGUGUAAGAAUGUCACUAGGAGACUCAAGUGAGGAGCAAAGAAGCAGAUUGUAUGAGAGAGUAAAGCAUAGUAUCGCCUAUUUUCAGAUGGAGGGUGAAGUUGUAGGUGGAGGAGUUUUUUUUCAAGUUGGGUCUCGACAAUUUGUGCUAACUGCUGCACAUGUUUUAUACGACAGAAGUGGCUUAAAGAUUCGGUGUUAUGAUCAGAGGUCAUUUGACUUUGAUGUUGUGAAAAUGUCGAGGGAUAAAGAUUUGGCAGUGGUGAGCAUCAUAGGUGGAAAUGGGGAUGAAUUUCCUUGUCUGAAACUAAGUGAUGAAGAGAUUGACGUAGGUAUGGAAAUUCAUUUCAUUGGUCACCCCGACAGAAAAUGUUUUGCUUAUAACAUUGGAAGAAUCUGUUGUGUGAGUAAGACUUGCGGUGAUAUAUAUAGAAAUGAGCUAUUUCUGUCUAACGAGCCCAGAUUCAAUAAGAAGCCUGAUCCUAGGUUUGUUGAUGAUUUCUUGGGGUUGUCCUCGUCCCUACACUUUGUACAGGCUAAGAAUGUUCAUGGAGGUGGUAGAGUUGGUGGAACUGGCGCACCUUUUUUGAAUGGAAAUGGUGACAUUGUAGGGGUGUAUAGUUUCACCUACAAAGACAGUGACUAUGGAGUCCAUUUGGAUGAGAUCAAGGAAGAGUUGUCAUGUUAAUUUUGAUUUCUUGGAUUAUUUCUGCUACCUUACGGUACCUUUGCCUUAUUACUAUUAUAACUUAGCUAGCUCAUCAGCAUUUCCACUUUCCAAUUCUCCACCACGCAUCAUUUUUGGGAUAAGAGUUUUCAAUAUUAAGCAUAUAUUGAUUGUUCAAGAAUGGUGUGGUAGUUCUGUUUACAUCCCUAUAUUUCUUAAUAUUUCUUAUGCUGUGUUUGGCAAAAACACUAGAAAAGGUGGCUAGUUUUUUUUGUAAAAUCACUCAACUCAACUUAUUGUAUUUGAGACAGCUUAGCUUAACUUAUUGUAU